AUGUCUAGGGAAUUCCAGCUUAGUACUUCACUGUUUGGUCAUUCUAUGGAUAUAAGAGCCAUAACAGUAACACAAAGUAAUGAUAUCAUAAGCGGCUCCAGAGACAGAACAGCAAAGUACUGGAAAUACGAUCCGUUGCACAAUAACUAUCAUGAAGUUAUGACUUACCGAAAUCAUGAAAACUUUGUUGGAAGUGUACUAUUCUUGGAGCCUACCAAGGAAUACCCUGAUGGAUUAGUUAUAACUGGUGGAUAUGAUAAAGCAAUUUUUGUUUACAAGCCCGGAGAACCUUUUCCUAGUUUUAUGUUCAAGGGGGACCAUACAAACACAGUCUGCGCCCUGAGUAAAGGAUUAGAAGAAAACACAUUCUUCAGUGCCUCUUGGGAUAAUACCGCAAGAUAUUGGUCCAUUGCUAACGGCCAAUCUAAAGCCCUUGUGACUUUUACUGGUCAUGAGGCAGCAGUUUGGCAUGUUAAACAGCUUAGUGAUGGCAGAGUUGUUACUGCAUCAGCAGACAAAACCAUAGGAAUGUGGAGCUCUAGUGGACAAAGACUGAAUACUCUUGCUGGGCAUAAAGAUGCUGUGAGGUGUCUAGAAGAUUUUCCAGAGCUCAAGUAUUUUGUCAGUGUCGGUAACGAUGCAUCUGUCAAGGUAUGGAGCUAUUCAGGAGAAAAUAUGAAUACUUUUUACGGGCAUACGAAUUUCAUUUACAGUAUAGCAAGAUGCAGACCUCAUGGUUUAGAUAGUUUUGUAACCUCAGACGAAGAUAGGACAGUUCGAUUUUGGCAAGGCGGUGAAAAUAAACAGACAAUCCACCUACCUGCUCAAUCUGUUUGGGCUGUAGCAUGUUUGCCAAAUGGUGAUAUCGUGACUGGAUCCAGCGAUGGCAUUAUCAGGGUUUUCACCCAAGAAGAAGGUAGAGUAACGGAUGAAGUCAACUUGGUGAAAUUCAAUGAAGAAGUCAAUGCUUUAAAGCAGCAAGCUUUACAAGAAAUUGGUGGGGUGAAAGUUUCAGAUUUGCCAGGUAGAGAAGCCCUCUAUGACCCAGGAAAAAGAAAUGGGCAAAUGAAAAUGAUUCGAGAUGGCAAAAACGUUGUAGCCUAUACAUGGGUUGAAGACGGCGAAAACAGCCACUGGGAUAAGGUCGGCGAGGUUCUUGGAGGCUCUGAUAAGAAUGAAACUGGAAAGACCACGUAUGAAGGAAAGUCUUAUGAUUUUGUUUUUUCUGUCGAUGUGGAGGAUGGAAAACCUCCUUUGAAGUUGCCUUAUAAUAAAGGAGACGAUCCUUAUCAAGCAGCAAAUAAGUUCUUGACGAAAAAUAUGUUGCCGGCAGAAUAUUUGGAGCAGGUGGUUGAUUUUAUUCUGAAAAAUAGUCAAGAAAAGUAUGUUCCUCAUGUCAGUAGUGAAUACCAAGAUCCAUUCACAGGUGGUUCAAGAUAUACCCCUGGUUCUAGUUCUGUGAAUCAAAGUCAGAUAGGUGUUAACUUGGAUCCAUUUACAGGCGGCAGCAGCUACUCAACGUCUCUAGGGAGUGGCGGAAGACCCCCUACUGCUUCUUCCAGCCUGAAUAAUGUUCCUGUAACUGCAAGUUCUAGUUCUGUCUCGAAAAAUGCUGCUGGUAACUUCUUUCCUAUUACUUCUUACCGCUCCUUCGAAGUGGGAGAUCCCAACGUAAUCCUCAAUAAACUCAAAGAAUUCAACUUGAAGACUGGUGAUGGUAACGAUAGGCUAAAAGACGAAGAGUUGGAAGAAGUCGUGAAGUUUUGUUCUGGCCCUCCUAAUGAUGGUGGUAGCCUCGAUUUACUUCGCAAGUUACUCGAUUGGCCAGAUGAUAUAAUUUUUCCUGUUUUGGACGUGAUACGACUAGCAGUUAGGGAUAAAGUCAACAACAGAAUAAUUUCUUCGAUGAAUAACGGCAUCAUAAUGGAAAAACUGAAAAAUUAUAUAACAAAUAGUUGUACAGUAGUCAAUAAUAUGAUUGUGUCUCUCAGGACCAUUUGUAAUUUAUGCUUACAUGAACCUGGCGAGAAUUUAGUGUAUAAUAACAGGUUUGACAUUAUGGAAAACUUCACUUCUUUGGGACAACUGAACAAAAGCGGUCAAGUGGCUUUGGCAACAUGUUUACUGAACCUGACGAUUCUCACCAUCAAAAGUAGUGACGAAAUAGGGUUUUCGGUUCUAGCUCAAGUUUUACCCGAUAUCCUAACAAAAUUGACAGAUACCGAAUCCCAGUUCCGAACUUAUGUGGCUUUAGGAACGUUGAUAACCUCAUCAAAUAGUCACCAACAAGAGAUCAAAGCAAAGAUUAAUGAAAACUCCAAUUUUCUUUCAGCUAUGCAGCUCCAUAUGUUUUCAGGACAAAACGAUUUGGAAAAUAAGCGAAUGAACUGUGUUAAGCAACUGGUGAUAAUUCUUUAGUUGGCUUGUAAUAAUUCUUAAGCUUCAGUUAUUUAUGGAAGAAAUUAAAUAUUUUACUGUGAUUUUCUUUUCCUACAUUUAGGUUUUUCAAAUAAUACUUCAAGUAUUUCUGUUGAAGAAAAAUUUGUUACGAAAUAACUUCUCAUUGAUAUCAGAAAUCUCAGUUUUCUAAUGUAAUAGUUAUAUUUAUUCACAAUUAACGGUGCGUAGCGCAUAUAUUUGUUUGAGGAGAAUUUUUCCCCAUCAAAACUGAUAUAUUUAAACUUAAUCAUAAUUUCUGCAAAUAAAAAGUAACUCAGGCUAUUUUGGAAUACUUUCACUGUGUAAUAAAAUUUUCAC